GCCAAUGAGGAGUCAGUUUUGAAUGGGCGCAAAAAACGUUGUCUGUAUCUAGCAUAUUAUAAGAGAGUACUGCAGUGAACGUUGCAGCUACUUUGGUAGAUAAAACUGUCUUAAUUUUAAUGACCUUCAAUGAGCUACAGCCGAAGGAGGGACGAACUCAGCGCGAGCCUCCUUCCACUUGUCGCAUCUGCUGUCACGAGCAAAGCUAAAGAAACUGGCCGCUAUUUCGUGAACUAAGCUCGGACUGCUAGCCAGCUAACACUCGCUAGCUCAGCUCCAACCAACAAUGUCCAGUCUUCCACAAAAUAAUUUGAAGGAGCAGCUGGCGAGGCACAGCAGUGCUGCUCAGAGCAAGUUAUCUCUGGCUAAACCCAAAUCGGGGGCAUUUUCUUUCAAAAAGAAGUCCUCGUCAGGUACAACCAAGGUGGAAAUCCCGACCAAGGUAAUCAACUCAAAUGUUUUGGCCAACAGGAAUGUCAAUGUCGCUAAGAACAGUUUGGUGACUAAAUCUCCUCUGACAUUUCCAAACAAGCCUGAGAGACCUCAAAAAUCCAAAAUCAACACCUUCUUUCCUGUAAGUUCAAAAUGCCAGUUGGACUCCAUCAGCCCAGCAGGUAACUGUGCACCUGCAGUCCAGCCUCCAUCAGCAGUGGCAGUGCCUGGCAGGGUGUCUACAGCUCCAACUAAAUCUGACAAGCAGUUUACUAGCUGCACUGGCAGCAGUUCCACAAGUCUUGAUGCAUCUCUUGGAUUCCCGAUGGACAACUGGGAUGAUUUUGAUGACUUUGAACCUCCUUCCAAAGCAAAAAAUAACUCAUUCACUCCAGAAAUAUCAGGGAAGUGCAACAAGUCAGUGUUAUCUCCUAGUGAAGAAAAAACAGGAUCCUGUAUAGAAACAGAUGAACCGGAGCACAGCGUCGACAAAGCUGAAGUUUCACCAAGACCCAGUCCAAUCACGGACCCAGUCGAGUUCAAUCUGGAGGAUUCUCCAGUUAAAAUGACCAGAAGACGUCCUCCUGCUUAUCUGAAGUCUGUCAUGAGUGAUAGUGAAGAAGACAGUAAUGUUCCCUUCGAAGCCUUUGAGGAAAGAACAGACGAUAAGAAAAAAUGGAUUGACCCACAGGUGAUAGACCUCGAUGAAAACUCACAAUUUGAAGAUGACCUUGAUUGCAUUCCCCCUUCUCCGAUCCCAGAUGAGAUCUCCUACACCAGCUCUUCGAUUGAGACCAGAUCAAAGUUAGCCGAUGCUGAAUGCAUAGACAAUUCUCUGCAAUCUAACGGACCCAUCAUGACUCUACAUGAACCCUCUGAUCACCACUCAAAAGGCAAAACAAGUUGUUUUUUCUCUUCUAAUCACUUCUCAGAUGAUCAACUUUUCAGUAUCAUGGAGUCCAUUUGCGCUCUGGUUGAUUGCAUCCCUGAACACGAGCUAAUAGCACUGUCCUGUGGAGAUGAGCUUUUACUGAAAAGGGCUCAAAGGAAGAGGAUUCUUGCAACUGGUGGUGAAACUUCAUUGAAGAUCCAACAGCCAGACAGCACUGUGAUUUCUGAACCCAGCUUUAAAGAAAAAUCUUCAUUUAGCAGGGAUAUUUGUAGUGUUAUGUCAUCCAGCAGCUCUGCACCUGUGGACUCAAAAAAACCUCCUCAUAUCAGGAGAUCUUCAGUCAUCUCUUUAGACUGUGACUCUGAUCACUCUGACAGUAUUAUUAAUGAGAAGCCCUUGCACAAUAAAGACAGCAGGAAAACAUUUGUGGAAACUGAGAUUAUCUGUGAUUCUCCAUCAACCCACAGCUUCACAAAAACAUCUCACACUUUCUCUAAGAACACAAACACAGACCUGGAUGGAUCAGAUCUCUUCUUCUCACCCAAAAGGUCAGAAGAUUCUGUGCAGAGCAAAUCUAAUACCCGAGUAACCACUGCAGCUACGCUAGACAUAGAACCAGAUGACUUUUACAUUGACGACUUUGACAUAGAUGACUUUAAUGAGUCGGAUAUUCCCGAUUACUAUGACGGACCCCCGGGCUCCUCAGCGUCAGGGCGAAACUCAAGCACUGCGAUGACAACAGUGAGAGAGGGGGGACCGAGCACGUCCUCGUGGGAGAAGAAACCAGCAACACCUUCACCUAAACCCAAACCUUCAAAGAUCUGCUCCCCUGAACCCACCUUCAGGAAUCCCGCCCACGAUCGCCUGAGAGGGUUCAACUUCCCCCACUCACAGGAGAUGAUGAAGAUCUUUCACAAGCGUUUUGGUCUUCAUCAGUUCAGGUUCAAUCAGCUAGAAGCAAUUAAUGCUACGAUUUUGGGAGAAGAUGCGUUCGUUUUGAUGCCCACAGGUGGGGGUAAAAGUUUGUGCUACCAGUUGCCCGCCUGCGUGUCGCCAGGAGUCACUGUGGUCAUCUCCCCGCUGAAAUCACUCAUUGUAGACCAGAUCCAGAAACUCACCACUCUGGAUAUCCCAGCGACAAGUCUGUCUGGUGAUAAAAGUGACAGUGAAGCAGGGAGGAUUUAUAUGCAGCUUUCCAGGAAAGACCCCAUCAUUAAACUGCUCUAUGUCACUCCAGAAAAGGUGAGUGCAAGUAACAGACUGAUCUCCGCCCUGCAGAACCUGUAUGAGCGAGGCCUUUUGGCCCGGUUUGUCAUAGACGAGGCUCAUUGUGUCAGUCAGUGGGGUCACGAUUUCCGUCCAGACUACAAGAGAUUGCACGAACUGCGCGAGAAGUUCCCUAAUGUGCCGAUGAUGGCUCUGACAGCCACCGCCACCCCCCGUGUGCAGAAAGACAUCCUACACCAGCUGAAUAUGACUCGGCCGCAAGUGUUUAACAUGAGCUUCAACAGAAUAAACCUAAAGUACGCUGUGCUGCCCAAGAAACCCAAAAAGGUUGAUGAGGACUGCAUCAGCUGGAUCAAGAAGCACUACCCACGUGAUUCAGGUAUUGUGUACUGCCUGUCCCGUAAUGACUGCGACGCUAUGGCUGAGAGUCUGCAGAGAGCAGGGAUACUGGCUCUGUCGUAUCAUGCCGGCCUGCGUGAUGGCGACAGAGAAUACGUGCAAACCAAGUGGAUCAAUCAGGAUGGCUGUCAGGUCAUUUGUGCUACCAUAGCUUUUGGCAUGGGCAUUGACAAGCCUGAUGUGCGCUACGUGAUCCACGCCAGUCUCCCUAAAUCAGUUGAAGGUUACUACCAGGAGUCCGGGCGAGCUGGCAGAGAUGGAGAGAUCUCUCACUGUAUUCUCUUCUACUCCUACAGUGACGUCCACCGCAUCAAGAGAAUUAUCAGCAUGGACAGAGAGGGUGAUAAAAACACCAAGGCGACUCAUUACAACAAUCUGCACAGCAUGGUGCACUUCUGUGAAAACAUGAUGGAGUGCAGAAGAAUUCAGCUGCUCGCGUACUUCGGGGAACUGAAGUUCAAUAAAAGCUUCUGUAAGGACCACCCUGACGUCAGCUGUGACAACUGUGCCAAACCAAACCAAUACAAGAUGAGAAACGUUACUGAAGACGUGAAGAAGAUUGUGAGGUUUGUCCAGGAGAACUGCGAGAAAGUCGGAGCAAGGUUUGGCAGGACUGCUCAGCAGAACCGACUGACGCUGAACAUGCUGGUGGAUAUCUUCAUAGGGUCUAAAUCUGCCAAGAUACAGACAGGAAUGUUCGGGAUGGGAGGAGCUUACUCCAGGCAUAAUGCCGACCGUCUCUUCAAAAAACUGGUUCUGGACAACGUCCUGAUGGAAGACUUGUACAUCACCAACAAUGGCCAGGCUGUGUCUUAUAUAUCUGCAGGACCAAAAGCCAUGAACGUCCUGUCUGGACACAUGCAGGUGGACUUCUAUGAGACAGAGAGCGCGUCUAGCGUCAGGAAGAGUAAAGCUGCUGUGGCCAAGAACGUCUCCCAGAGAGAGGAGAUGGUUCAGAAGUGUCUGCAGGAACUGAUAGAUCUGUGCAAGCAGCUGGGCAAAGCAUUUGGCAUUCACUAUUACAACAUUUUCUCCACUGCCACCUUGAAAAAGAUAGCUGAGAAGCUUUCUUCUGACCCGGAAGCUCUCCUACAAAUUGAUGGUGUGACUGAAGACAAACUGGAGAAAUAUGGAGCUGAAGUGAUUAAAGUCCUGCAGCAGUACUCAGAGUGGCAAUUACCUGAUGAACCGACUGACAACAGUGGAGACGGGUGGAUCGACACGACACGAGGAAGAGAAGAUUACGGUGACGAGGACGACAUUGAGUCCUCCACCUACUUCCGUAAUAAGGCCGCACAGGGACAGAAGAGGAAAAAAGCACCUUUCUUUAAGUAUUCCAAGAAGAAAAAAGGAUAUGGCAACACAAGCACCAACUCUAAAGGUCGCGGCUACAGCAGCAAUAAAUCGUGGUCAUCAUCCAGCUCUAGAGGUGGAUCAAAAGCUUAUCCCCAGUCUGCAGGCCGAGGGUCCAGGAGCUCAGCAGGAGACGCAUCAGCAGGCAGGAGACCAGGCUUCUUGGCCGCCCCGACCCCGCAAACCAAUCAGCGACCCUUUUUAAAGCCGGCCUAUUCACACAUGGGCUAGGACUGUCUAGAAUAGAAAACUAAUGGCUCUUCCACUACACUGUCAAAUUGGUUUUUCAUAACUGUUGUAAAUUAUAAACUUGUUAUAUACUGAUUGUUAAUUGUUGCUGCUCAAAUUGUAUAUUUAUUUUCUGUACAGUUAUUGUCAUGGGGUUUGUCUGGAUUUUAUAUUGUUGUAAAUUGAUUUGACUUGUCACUGUUCAUUUUAAUGUACAUUUUUGAUAUUAAAGGCAUUU